AUGCUCAGCGCAACCGCCUCCAACAACCAUUCUCUCUUUUCUUUCGGUCGGGAUGGGGAAACUAGUCAAUUAAACGAUCCCAACGCGUCGUUCGAUUUCCUGCCCUCUGUGAGCUUUGACGACCUCCAGAGCAGCAUCGAGUCCGCCUCGACCGAGUUCAAACUCACUCAAUUUCCUUCUCCCACCGGCGAGGGGAGUAUUCUCGAGGCCCGUGGCUUAGAUGACAGCAAUAUGUCUUCCAAGCCCCAAGCUGCCCCCUCUCCCGCUCGCCCCUCGAAUCAGUCCGCUACACGUCCCGGUCGAUCAGGCUCGCUCCUGCGCAGACCUAGCAACUCGAACAGACAGCCUGCUCAUGCAUCCAAUAACAUCUCUGCUUCAGGGGUCGAUCAUGCCAACGGUCCAACAGCCCGCGCUCGCCGACAGAGCCAAUACCCUCCCGUAUCCAGCUCUGUUGCUUCCAAGCCCCCUCGAAAGUCGAUAGGACCUGGCAUCAUUGGCGAUUCGGAUUUUGGCCCUCGAACCGCCCAGAAGAGGCGGCCCAGCCUCCUAUCUGAUGGGGCAUCCACUGGUUCGGCUAGAGCCUCCUUGGAUGGUAACUCAUCAUGGCUUGAUAGCGCGAGAGGCUUCCCGAGCUCGAGGGCUGCCAAGUCCAAGUCGGUGCAACCUCCACCACGACCAAGCCAUGGAAACCUCAGCUUCGGUAACACUCUUACCCCAGAGCAGAACCGGCACUCUACGCUCACCCCGCGGUCGCCGCGCGUCGGUGGUCGUCUUAGUACUCCAUCCUCAAGCAGCAAGCGAGUCUCGAUGAUGCCCGGUGCCCAUCAUUCCUCGCACGCCACUGGUCUCGGUGCCAGGACUAUUAGUCCUACCGAUACUCGGAGGAUGAAGCGCCUUUCAAUCAUGCCGCAGUCCCAGAGCUUGAAUCAGCUCUCUAACCCGCCGCCGCCACCCCCAGUGUCGAUGAACAACCAAGUCGAGAACCGGGCCGAGUCCAAAUCGCCCUCGAUGAUUCCAAGGAAGGCUUCUGCAACACCAUCCUCAUCAAGGACCACGCCGGAUCUCAACAACCGCAAAUCUUAUAGCUCUGGUCUCUCAGCCGCAUCUGCCUUUAGCUUCAACACGGCGAGGACAUCGACUGGAUCCAUGCAUCGCAUGUCGGGAUCCUCAUCCACAUCACGACUACCCGCUCCGAAACAUACAACUGUUCACAACCCCAUGCCUGCGGACGAAGAAGAAGAUGUCCCUCCUGUUCCCGCUAUUCCCAAAGCGUACGAGUCUCCAAAAGACUCGCCAGCCGACACUUAUUUCAUGGAAAAGAAAAAGACGGCUUUGAGCAACUUGGACGCAAUGAGCAUGAACGCUAACUCAACUGGGACCAUUUCCAUGCCUGUGUUCCCUGAACCGACUAAGGUUCAAAGAAGGCCCAGCGCCCGUAAAAGUGCAUAUGUACCACACGUCGCGGCCGAAGGAGACAACAAAGCUACUCCGCCGAACAAGAGACAUUUGCAGCCUUUGCGACUACCGCCUAUUAGCUUGGGGCCAUUGAGUACCCCAACUGCUAACAAGAUAGCAGCGUUGCAGGAUCACAGCAGUGUCGAGAGGAGCUUGAGCCCUCCGCCAUCACGGCAAUUACCAAAAACACCAACGACCCCGAUGACAGCGUCCAAGAGUUCUUUCUUCUCCAAGAGCCGUCACGGUGACACCCCCGAACUUCCUUCAUUGAGGAGCAGCAGCUCAGUCCAUCAAACACAUCUCACACCUACACCACCUGACGCCAGCUCCACGGACUCGUCCCUUGCCUUCAGGGAGAUUGAUCACAAGCAGAGCAUGUCACCAUUCCUGUCCUCCUCUCUGCCCAAGGGAGGUCCCGAGCACAACUUCUUGAAGAGAUCCAAGACCGGUGCCGAUUUCACCACACUUGAUGACCACCUUUUCCAAGAUCGAGUCCCCCAUAAGCCCGCCGGGCCGCGGGCACCAAAGACGGAGCAAUUCGUCCCCAAGUCUCCUCCGCCGGAACCUGUCUCGGAGGAACCUCAAACCCCAUCAUCGAUGAGUUCCAUUCGACGAAAACUCAGCAUUUCCUGGAAGCGAAACAACUCCAAGAGCAACAUCAAUGCGCCUGCCGACGUUAUCGAAAAGGCCAAUGGCAAGCAUCCAGAGGAGUCUAUGCCUCCCCCCAGGAUUCCUAUUUCGGCUACUCUCAACAACCUAUCCAGCAUGAAGCAGGCCAGCCCAAGCCCCACUAUCAAACAAUCUUCCAGUGGCUAUCUGGAGUCGAGGAGGCGUAAGAGCUCGGGCGGAAGCCUCAAUGCCUUCAUGUCCCAUGACAAGACCAAGAGCGAGUCCUGGGGUACGAAGAAGCCCGUCGUUGAUCCCUCGACCAUGCCCGUGGGCCGAAACACCUCGGUCAUGCAGAAGAUUCUCCGACCUCGAACUUCCUCGGCAGCAGUAAAGGGCGCGGAUUCAUGGACUGCCGAACUCGACAAGGAUGACUUGUCGGCCGAAGAGGAGAUGGCCAAGCUGGGCUCCCGGCGCAAGGAGACAGAGGUUGCUGCACGAACGCUGGACGCACUCAGGAAGCGUGCAACGCCAAAGGAGCGCGUUGGCUCGCACGAGGCAAUCCGCAUCGCCAUGCUCAAUAUUUACGAACGAGGAGAGAUUGUCGACUACAACGAUGUCUAUUUCUGUGGAACACAGAAUGCCCACAAAGUUGUCGGAGAUCUUCAGUCGGAUGCGCCUAACUUUGGCUACGACGAUGAGCGCGGCGACUACACUAUUGUUCCUGGAGACCACCUUGCAUACCGGUAUGAAAUCAUUGAUGUUCUUGGAAAGGGAAGUUUCGGACAAGUUGUUCGGUGCAUCGACCACAAGACGGGCGGCCUUGUCGCCAUCAAGAUUAUUAGGAACAAGAAGAGAUUCCACCAGCAAGCUCUUGUCGAAGUCAACAUUCUUCAGAAGCUCCGCGAAUGGGAUCCCAAGAAUAAGCACAGCAUGGUCAACUUCACUCAAAGUUUCUAUUUCCGUGGACAUCUUUGUAUUUCGACUGAGCUGCUCGACAUGAACCUCUACGAGCUUAUCAAGGCGCACGCUUUCCGUGGUUUCUCGAUCAGGAUCAUCCGACGCUUCACCAAGCAAAUUCUCAGCUCUCUCAACCUCCUCAAGCAGCACAAGGUCAUCCAUUGCGAUUUGAAGCCUGAAAACAUUCUUUUACGACAUCCCCUUCAUUCAGAGAUCAAGGUUAUCGAUUUUGGUUCCAGUUGUUUCGAAAACGAGAAGGUGUACACCUACAUCCAGUCGAGAUUCUACCGUUCACCUGAAGUCAUUCUUGGUAUGACUUACGGUAUGCCCAUCGACAUGUGGAGUGUUGGUUGCAUUCUGGCAGAGCUUUACACUGGAGUGCCCAUCUUCCCCGGAGAGAAUGAGCAAGAGCAGCUGGCAUGCAUCAUGGAGGUGUUUGGACCUCCGGAAAAGCAUCUAAUUGAGAAGAGCACCCGGAAGAAGCUAUUCUUUGACUCGAUGGGCAAGCCUCGCCUGACCGUCUCGUCCAAGGGCCGCAGGCGCCGGCCUUCUUCCAAGACAUUACAACAGGUGCUCAAGUGUGACGACGAAGUCUUUUUGGACUUCCUGGCGCGUUGUCUCCGAUGGGACCCUGAACGGCGACUGAGACCCGAGGACGCUAUCCGGCAUGAGUUCAUUACUGGGCGUAAGAUGCCCGUGCCUCGAAUGCCGACUCGCGAAACGUCACCAAUGAAGCGACACAACACCAUCUCGGUUCCGCGACCUCUUCCGGAACCCCCUGGUGCGGGUGUCAAGCCUGCUGUGUCCCUACGAACUGGAGUCAGCCCUCACAAGCCCGUGUCCGGCGGCCCACGAAGAGCAUCGGGGACUACGGGACCUAUCAGCGCCGUUCCUACCAAGAGGACCAGUGCCGGUACAGCUGGGUUUGCCCAAACCUCAAGCGGCUUGCCUCGAGCCGCGGGCAGGAGCGUUAGUGCCAAGCAGGACCUGGCCGCAGCUGGCGCGACGGCAGCUAUGAGUCGACGAGCUUAG